UGAUGUUAUAAAACUAUUUAGCAUCCAAAUUCCAAAGCCCUUUUUCAUAAGCUUUGCCCUCUACUCUUUUAUUUUUCAUUCUCUUGUUAGAAGAAGGUCAAGAAGAAGCUUAAGACAAGGCUUAGUAGAAUGAAGGAUUGGGCAGCCCCGCUCAUUGGAGCAGCACUUUUUGCAUUUCUCUCACCCGGAUUGAUCUUCCAGCUUCCUGGGAAGCAUAGGCCGGUCGAUUUUUUGAAUAUGAAGACUAGCAUACCCUCCAUGUUGCUGCACACUGUCAUCUAUGGUUUGCUUCUUAUUCUGUUCUUCGUGAUUCUUGAUGUACAUCUCUAUGCCUAGAUGUCAUUUCUAGUAAAAUGGAUUAGAUGGUACAAUCUUGGAAAGUAGAAUGAGAUAGUAGUAAUUUAAGUUUUGUUUUGUAAGAUGUGUAAGUGAUAUUUUUAUAAACUUGAAACUAUGGAUCUCGAAACAAGCCGUCUUAACAUUUAAUCUUUAUCUUUUACAUCUG